AUGGAUUCCAGCUCAUUGUGUCUUCCUGAAUCGCAGCUUCGGCUAUCCGGCUCCGACCUUGAAUCAUUCCUUUACACAGUGCUCUUCCCACCCAUUUGUCUUUUCGGGAUUGUGGGAAAUGCUCUCACCAUCCUGGUGCUUGUCAAUAAUGACUUCAUGUCAAGGCAAGAGACGACGACAAGCGUUAUUCCUUAGUUUGAAUCCUUUUUAUUUUCAGAGCAAACAUAUUCCUAACAUGCCUGGCAGUAUGUGAUGUUUCUUUUCUUCUUCUCAUAAUUCCACACUCUUUGGCGAAUUUUGACAGAUUCUCUCUCAAUUACACUUUCCGCUAUUUGUAUCUUCCGUCAAAAAUGCAUCUGAUUGCUUUUGCGAACUGGACAUCUGCAGUUGCGAUAUGGUGAGUAGAAGUUCUGUUCGAGACGCGAGGUGUAACAUCUUUUCAGGCUAGUAGUAGGAGUUUGCUUCGAGAGAGUGGCCGGUGUCAGAUCGCCAUUACACAGGCUGACAACGCCGUCUCGUGGGAAACUAGUAAUUGGGCUCGUUGUACUUUUAUCAUCAUGCGCCGCUCUCACUUUCUACAAUCAUGUGUCUCAUCAUUGUUUCAUCAAAUCCUUCUGCAACGCUUCGCAAAUUAUGGCAGUAUGUCUAGACGUCAAUCUGGAUGUGUAAGUUUUAGGAUAAUCAAAAACAUCCUUUCUGAUUAAUUUACUCUUCAGGUGGCCGAAUAAUCGAACGAACAUUUCGCCUCCGGCCUUGCGAACAUACGUAGCUGCCACAAGAGCAGCGAAUGCAAUGUUAGUCGUGUUCCUUCCAAUGAUACUUCUAGUCAUUCUCAACGUGAUGCUACUGUACUACGUCAAGAAACGCUCGUUUUUCAUGUACGCAUCUUUGGGUAAAGUGUCUGCGAAGAUGCGUAAAGCAGGCGAAGUGGCCCUUCCGUUUGUAGCCACUCUUUUUCGAAGACAUUCCGAUCAGAUUCUCCAGCAGAGAACAGAGCAUAGAGUUGCGGUAACUGUAUGCGCCGUUGUGACAUCUUUCACAAUAACUCAGGUAAUCAUGAAGCAAGGCAAAACUAUAUUCCAUCUUCAAGCGUUAAGGCACCGUCUGCUGUAGUUCUAACGGUAACCUCGCUUUUGAAGGAGCGAUUGGAUUCCCAAUGGUAAUUAGUUUUAGUCUACCGCGACCGAUACGCUGUUUUUUCAGGUAUCAUAUGACAACCGUAACUUCUUUCUUGGUCGUUAUUGGGAAAAGCCUGAACUUUGUUGUCUUUUGUCUCUCGUCCAGCAGUUUUCGAAGACGACUCAUCAAUACACUCCGAUCAAAAUAUGGGUCUCGAGACGAAAAGUUUGUGUUUUCAAAAAGAUUGUAAUACAUUCUACCGUAAUUUUAUUUUUCUAAUAAGCGAAAUCUCGACCGCAUUUUGAAAGUUUUGUUAGGGUUAUCCGCGUGAGUUACGGUAGAGCGUGAAAAAUUACGUAGACGAAGAUCUCCCGAUACAUUUUCUUAACUGCAUCACGAGCAGUUCCAGGCGUUCGCACUCGAUAAACACAACCUACACAAGAUGUGA